GUUCAGCCUCAAGACUUUCACACAGAUCCUCGGCCAUGGCAGUGAAAGAAGUGAACACGGUAGAGGUGGGUGAAAAUGAGACCAGCUCUGGGAUGGCGUCAAGCUCCACCGAAAGUGAGACGACCAAGACUACCUCAGAGACCUGGAGAUCUUGGGCGUUGCAGAUGAUGAUUUUGUUCCUGGUCAUGGUGAUGUGGAACACCGACAACAUGGCACUGCCUGCUGUCUAUGCCGAGAUUGCUCGGCGCUUCCACACCACUCCAGGUGGGCUCAGCAACCUGGGCCUGGUACGUGGCAUCUUCGAGUCCAUCUUCGCCUUACCCAGCGGUUUUUUGGCGGAUCGCCUGCCACGGCCGCAGCUGAUCUUCAUCGGCGCCGCCAUCUGGGGUGCUGGACUCGUGGGCUGCGCCUUCUCCCCGGACCUGGCCUGGAUGACAGCCUUCCGUGCCAUCAAUGGCAUUGGCCUGGGCAUUGUGCAGCCGCUGCUCUUUAGCCUCGUGGCCGACAAGAGCAGCGUCUAUGGCCGAGGGAAGGCCUUUGGAUUCCUCCUCUCCACGGGAAGUUUGGGGCAGACCGCCUUUACCGCCUUUGCCACCUCGGUAGCGCCCCUAGAGAUCGGCCCCAUUGCGGGCUGGCAGUUCGCCUUGACAGUGAUUGCGACACUGAGCGCAUUGGUUGGCGUUCUGGUGGUUGCUUUUGUCACAGACGUCCCGCGCGACGAGCAGCGCAGCAUGCUGCAGAUCAUCAUUCAAGAGACUCCCAGGCUGAAAAAGAUCCUGUGCAUUCCGACCUUCAUCGUGAUCAUCGGCCAGGGCGUCUUUGGAACAGCUCCAUGGUUCGCCUUUAGCUACCUCACCAUGUGGCUGGAGCUGAACUGCUUCUCCAACACAGAGGCGGCUUCGAUCUAUGCAUUCUUCAAUGUGGGCACGGCCUUGUCCAGCAUGCUUGGUGGCAUCUUGUUAGACUUCAUCUUCCGAAGAUUUCCUGAUCAUGGUCCACCAGCAAUCUCACAGAUGUCGGCCUUCUUGUCCAUCCCGCUCUUUGCGCUGAUUCUCUUCGGCCUUGGAGAGGGGGUCUCUGGAGACGGCGGUAUCAUGGCGGUUUACUGCGUAGUGUUCCUGGUCACGGGCACACUGAUUGCUUGGAAUAUGGUCAUGAACAACAAGAUGUUUAGCGAUGUAGUGCCAAGCGAGAGCUACACCUACAUCUACGCUUUGGACAGGGCCAUUGAAGGCACCCUAGGUGCUUUUGGACAGCCAGCCGUCGGCUGGCUCACUGAUCGGAUCUUUAAGUUCAAUGCGGACAGCGCGAACAGAGGCGAAUGUUCCCCUCCUGACGCCAAUAGCUUAGCCAAAGGCAUCUUCAGCGUUGCCGCGGUGGGCUUCAGUAUCUGUUUCCUCUUUUACUGCGUAGCACACUGCACCUAUCCCAAGGAUCGGCGUAGAGUGUGGCUGACUCAAAAAGUUGAAGGCUGAGAAGCCGCUGCAAGGUGAAUUCGGUGUCCAGCCACAGAUCUGGCGAACGAAUUUGGCAGGCCUUGUGACACCAGUUAUCAGGU